AACAAGCUUGAGAACAGCUGAUCCAGCUGGCAGCACUUCGGUAUAUCAGCCGGUACGGGUUGUCAAAUCUUGUUUGUUUACAUGAGGCGAUGGAAUUAAAUUCUUAGUUUGCAAAUAAAUACUCUUCACAAAAAUGUCGUUCACUCUGCGUAGGUUAGCUAGUGGAAAUAGUUUAAGACUGUUAAAGGUAAAUUUACUAGCUCCAUGCUGCACAUGCAGCGAACGAGCAAUUGGCUCGUUUGUGCUCGCAAAUUCCAACUACAUUGCAUCAACUUCAACCACGUUACACAACCAUUCGAUACGCGUAGUGCGGUGGAAAUCAAAAAAAUCGGAUCGGAAAGCACAGUCUCACCGUCAGGAACUGGAAGAUGAGGACGAUGACGAGCAGCAGCUGGACGAAUUCGAUGAACUGCUCGGCGAUAAACACUCCAAAUUGGUCAAGACAAGCGUCGCUUCGAUGCGGGCCGACCUGAUUCUGAGGUCGGGACUUGGAGUCGCUAGAAACAAAAUCGAAACGUAUUUCUACGAGAGCAAAAUACGCGUCAACGGGCGGAAGCUGCUGAAAAAGAGUAUCCAGCUAAACGUUGGCGAUGAAGUGGACAUUGUGAAAGGGAUAAGCCCCAGCAAUCCGGACCAUCUGAUAGUGGCUCGAGUGGAAAUCCUGGCAGCUACUCCGAAAACGGAAAGCAUCACGUUGAACCUUAGACGCCACAAGUCACUAAUAAUAGAAAACUACGAAAACGAUGCUGUCAUCAACGAUUGAAGGGAAAGAAUGUGGCCUUAGAUAAAAUAUAUUUAUAAGUUUAUUAUUUAAA